AUGGAUAAUGUCAAUGAACUGUCAUCAUCCUUGAGCUUUGCCUCCUCCAAUCUGUCAAAUGGGUCUAGUAGUAACCAUGCAUCUGCCUCAGCCAGUUCCCCACCCGCGCCGAGUAUUGAACAUUACUUGAGUCUAAGCAAACUGAGCGAUAAUCUUGAGAGGCUGUUACUUGAUCCUGAGUUUGACUACAGUGAUGCUGAGAUUGUUGUUGAGGGUAACACCGUGGGUGUCAAUCGGUGUAUAUUGGCUUCCCGUAGUCAGUUUUUUCAGGAGCUUUUUAGGAAGGGGAGUGAUGAUUCGAACAAGGAAGGUAAACCGAGGUAUCUCAUGUCUGAAUUGGUUCCAAACGGCGGGGUUGGCUAUGAAGCCUUCAAGGUUUUCUUGAACUACUUGUACACUGGGAAGCUUAAUCCAUCCCCUCGAGAAGUGUCCACGUGCGUUGAUGAUGGUUGUCCGCAUGAUGCGUGCGGCCCUGCUAUUAAUUAUGUUGUGGAAUUGAUGUAUGCUUCUUCCACUUUCCAGAUGAAGGAACUUGUUCAGCUUGUUCAGCGCCGUCUUUCAAACUUUGUGGAGAAAGCCCUUAUUGAAGAUGUAAUACCAAUUCUUAAAGCUGCCUUCCACUGCCAACUGAGCCAGCUGCUCUCACACUGCAUCCAGAGGAUAGCAAGGUCCGAUCUUGACUACAUGGCCAUAGGGAAAGAGUUUCCGCAUGAAGUUUCUAAUGAUAUCAAAUCGCUCCGUCUCAAAUCUCACGAAAAUGAUGAAUCAAGUAUGAUGGAAAUUGAGUUGAUAGAGGAUAAGAGAAUCAGGAGAAUCCACAAGGCAUUAGAUUCUGAUGACGUUGAACUAGUUGGACUUCUUCUCAAGGAAUCUGAUAUUACGUUAGAUGAUGCUUAUGCUCUCCACUAUGCUGUUGCAUACUGUGAUCCUAAGGUUGUUAAGGAGGUUCUCAGUCUAGGCGAGGCUAACCUCAAUCUUCGCAAUUCCCGAGGGCAUACUGUACUUCAUGUGGCAGCCAGACGUAAGCUGCCAGCAGUGCUAGUUCCUCUUCUGGACAGGGGAGCCUCUGCCUUAGAAACUACUUCAGAUGGUCAAACUCCUGUUGCAAUUUGCCGGAGAUUGACUAGACCAAAGGAUUUUUUGGAGAACACAAAGCAGGGACAGGAAUCUAACAAAGAUCGAUUAUGCAUCGAACUUCUAGAGAGAGAGAUGCGGAGAAACUCAAUCUCUGGGAACGUAUCGAUCAUAUCAGAGGUGAUACCUGAUGAUUUGCACGUGAGGCUGGACUAUCUAGAAAAUAGAGUGGCAUUUGCGCGGUUGUUGUUUCCUGCUGAGGCCAAGCUUGCUAUGGAAAUGGCUGAUGCUCAUUCCACAUCAGUGUACACUGGCCUUGCGGCAUCAAGAGGAUCAAGUGGGAACUUACGAGAGGUUGAUUUGAAUGAAACACCCUCUGGACGAACCAAAAGACUACAAAUAAGAAUGCAAGCCCUUAUUAAAACUGUGAAAAUGGGGCGGCGUUUCUUCCCCAACUGCUCGGAAGUCCUUGAUAAGUUUUUGGACGAUGAGAUGGACAUGGCUGAUUUCAUCCUCGACAAGGGAACUCCGGAAGAGCAGAGAAUCAAGAGGAUGCGGUUCUUGGAACUUAAAGACGAUGUACAGAAGGCAUUUUGCAAGGACAUGGCUGAAAAUAACCGGUCGGUCUUAUCAGCAUCGUCGUCGUCGUCAUCUUCUCCGAAGGACGGGGUAAAUCACAAGGUAAGGAGAAGGUGUUGAUUAUAUUUUUGUAGUAAGCUGUUAGAUUUUCAUAAACUUUAAGGUGUAUCUUUCCUUCCACAUGUAUAUUUGGGAGACUAUUUUUCUGGCUCUCUCCUUAUCAAACAGAUAUGAAUCUGUAAUUCAUAGCUUAAGGUAUUUGGCUUGUAUAUUGGUUAUAAGAAAUUCAGUGUUAACCUUUCCACGAAAUAAAAUUGUAACUCCAAAUUUUCUUUACAAGGAAUA